AUGAGGGGCGAAGUUCCUGGUAGAACUGUUUCCUCACACAAUAACCUGAGCAGUGCUCGAACACACAGAGAGAAAAUGAGGCAGCGGCCCGCUGGUCCAAGGUUUGAAAUGAGCUGUGUGAUGAUGAACAAGCUACUGUUACCUGCGAUCGCAGUCGGUCUUAUUGCAGCAGUUGGUGGUUUGCCGUUGCCGCCGGUCAUAGAGACUCCCAUAGAUACUGGGUCACGUGGUGGACGUGUUGUCGCUGAUGCGUGUCAGCAGCCGAUGACAAAGGGUCCAUGUGAAGCAUUGUUCACCAGAUACUUCUACAACCCCCAGACAUCCACGUGCGAGCAGUUUGACUAUGGCGGCUGUUGGGGAAAUGACAACAACUUCGCUAGCCUGCAACUAUGCCAGGAGACGUGCAUGAGUGUUGAAUGA